AUGACUAGGGUAAGAGUUUAUAAUUUUAAAAUAAAUAGAAGAAUGAGGACAACAUGAGUAUGCUUAGAUUGGGACGAUUUGCAAAUUAAGUUUCUAUCAAGACUAACAAACUAUUAUUUUAUAUAGUAUAUAUAUGAAGAAAAUAAUAGAGUAUGAUAAUUAGUGGAGAUACUCAGGUAUAUUAUUAAAGAGGGUAAUUGUUUAUUAUCAAUUUAUAUUAUUAUAAUAAUAGAGCUCCCCCAUGACCAACAAAUACUAUUUUUGCAAGACAUUUUCUCAAUUUAUGUCCAAAAUCUAGUAUGACCCUUCAGAUAUAGGUUUUCAAGUCAUUUUGGGGAAUAUGAUAAUAAUAUUUUUGUUAGACAUUUUAUGUUUAUGUGCAAAAUCUAGUAUGACCCCUCAGAUAUAGAUUGUCACCUCUCCAGUAGAAAUCCAGGUCAAAAUAUUUUAUAACUUCUUAUUUGGGUAAGUGUAUCUUAAAAAGUUUUUUUAGUUAAUAUACAUCUCACUACAUCUUCAAAGAAGGAAUUUAAAAAUCUAGUAGAGAAAUUUAGCUCUGUUUCUUUUAUAAUCGGAAUAGAUCUCAACUCUACUAUUAAGAGCUCAUUAUAUCAAUUGCAUAUAUCCUAUUCGCAAUUAUAUACAUUUAAAUGAAGAAUGGUAAGUUUCAAAUUGUGAUUACGAACUAUUUCCAAAAGGAAUAUGGAAAUAUUAUUGUAGUUAUAAAUGUCUAAUAUCUUUUGAUUUGUAUUAUUAGAGUACUUAGAUUGAUAAUAAUAACUUAACAUUUACUCACUACAUCACCCUAUGAAUAUUAAUUAGACUCAGGGUUUUGUGAUAAUAAAAAAUAUGAAAUUUUAUAAAUAAACAUAACUCAAAAUAAAGCUUCCUUCUUAAAUUUCACAAUUUCAACAAAUUUAGUAGGAGGUUUUAUUUUAUAAAUUCAUUCUGGUUGGUGGCACUAUAUUAUAAAUCCCGCAUUUUUUUUGUAUUCUUUAAAAUCAAUCAAAUUUUCAAAAACUGAAAAUUUGGACGUUUUAUCACCUCUCACUGCAACCAAGUCGUCUUUAGUCCAUUAGUCAGCUAUAAUGUUAUAUCUAAUGUUGCCUGGAAUGUAGAAUUUGAUAUUUAAUACAUAUUUUUUGGUAGAGACUACACCUUAAGUUUAUCUAUCAAAAACCUCAAGAUUUAGUUUAAAGGUUGAUUUGGUAAAUGUAAUUAAAAAGUUUGAAAUUGAUUAACAAGAGGGAAAGAUAAGUUAAGUAAUAAAAAAGGAAGGGAGCGUAUUUUUACUAUUAAUGUUUUGA